ACAGCGAGAAGAAGUCCCCGAAUAUUAUUCCCUCUCUGUGUGUUGUGUUUCUCAGCAACAAAAACAAAAGUAGUUCUAAUGGCGGACACGGUGGCUGAUUCCCGCAGCAACAGAGCAGCUGUUCAAGCCACCAACGACGACGCUUCUGCUAGCAAAUUGUCGUGCAUAAAAAAGGGAUACAUGAAGGAUGACUAUAUCCAUUUAUUUGUGAGAAGACCCGUCAGAAGAUCGCCCAUAAUCAACCGCGGUUACUUUGCCCGCUGGGCUGCUCUUCGGAAGCUUCUGCUUCAGUUUCUAGAAACUGAUAUGAAUGGGAAUCAAACGAAGAAGCAGAUAUUAUCACUUGGAGCUGGUUUUGAUACCACUUAUUUUCAACUGCAGGAUGAGGGGAAAGCUCCGCAUUUGUAUGUCGAAGUAGAUUUUAAGGAGGUGACUAGUAAGAAAGCUGCAAAAAUUGAGACUUCCAGUCAAUUGAGGGACAAAAUUAGUCCAACAGCAUCAGUUUCACGAGAGAAAGGGGAAGUGCUCAGCGAUCACUAUAAGUUACUCCCUGUGGAUUUGUGCAACAUAAACAACUUAAACGACAUCAUAAUGUUGGCUGAUAUGGAUCCCAGCCUGCCAACAUUUAUAAUUGCAGAGUGCGUUCUGAUAUACUUGGAUCCAGAUUCAAGUAGUGCUGUAGUUGGUUGGGCAUCAAAAACAUUCUCAACGGCAGUCUUUUUCUUAUAUGAGCAGAUUCAUCCGGAAGAUGCUUUUGGGCAGCAAAUGAUUAAGAACUUGGAGAGUCGUGGCUGUGGACUAUUGGGUAUAUACGCUACACCAACAUUACAUGCAAAGGAAAAACUUUUUCUUGACCAAGGAUGGCAGAGAGCUAUUGCCUGGGAUAUGCUAAGAGUUUAUACUGAUUUUAUUGAAGCUCAGGAAAGACGCAGGAUCGAGCGGCUGGAACUUUUUGAUGAAUUUGAAGAAUGGCACAUGAUGCAGGAGCACUACUGCGUGGCUUAUGCAAUCAACGAUGCCAUGGGUCUGUUUGGGGAUUUCGGUUUUCCCAUCAGCCGCAGCAGCAGCAGCAGCACGUGGCCAAAUCCUUCAUCAGCUUAGCCAUGAGAAUUGAGAGCACGCCAGCUUUGCUUGCGUAUGCUCAACUCAAGGUGUUCGUUCUAUUGACAAGUAAUUUGGUUUCAACACUUGGUUUUGAUUUUUACACGUGCGACUGACACGUGCAACCCCAGCCCCCAGUUGGCCUUCUUGACAAGGGUCUCUGAACUACUAGUUAAAGUCUCCACAUAAAAAUGAUGACAUGAGUAAAUUGAAUCCUUUUUUGUGUGUAUUGUUUUGUUUGACUUGCGAAGAAAAAUAUACCCUUUUUCUUCCUUUCCUUUUCUUUAAUUUUCUUUCUGUGCUAGCUGUUUGGCAACGAAAAUGUGGUGUGUCCCACACAGCUGACAGCACCCAAAGUGGGUAGUUCGUAUUUUAGAUU